CAUGGAAAUAUUCCAGCCACUAUAGUAGGCAGAGAUCUUUAUACGAGACAAACAACUGAUUGCCUUGAAUGCUGUUCCAGUGACCAUUGCAAUAAAAUUUUAUGCGAACAUCUGAAACCUCAAUCAUGUAUUGAUGACGAGUCCAUUGACUGUGCAAGACUUAACUCUUUGUUCAACAUUUGCAAUGAUAUCUCUCAAGCUAAGAAAGUGUGCCCUAAGUUUUGUAAUUUGUGCAACGUUGUUGACGGAAACUGGACACCGUGGUCUGCAUGGUCCUCGUGUGACGUUACAUGCGAAAAAGGUUUACAGACAAGAACCCGAUCCUGCACAAAUCCUGCACCACAAUACGGUGGUCAGAUGUGUCUAGGCAAUAGUACAGACAAUAAAGUGUGUGAACUGGAUCUUUGUCCCAUACAUGGUGGUUGGGGUCAGUGGCAGGAAUGGGGAUCGUGUUCUGUAACAUGUGACAUGGGAAUGAAGAGUCGCAGCAGAGAUUGUUCAAAUCCUCCUCCUAGUCGAUUUGGUGAUCACUGUUUCGGUCACAAUCAAGAGUCACAACUGUGUUUACCUAAAAUCUGUUCAAAUGGUGGCUGGACUGCGUGGGAGAGUUGGAGAUCUUGUAGUGUAACUUGUGGAAGCGGGAUUAAGUCAAGGUUCAGAGCAUGUACAAACCCAAAACCAUCCCCAUAUGGACAGUUUUGCCAAGGGAAUAACAUUGAAAUAGAUUCAUGUUCACAAAUAACUUGUGAUUCUAGCCAUUGUCAACCAAAUCCCUGUAUCCAUGGAUCGUGUAUUGACCUUAGAAAUGAUUUCGUAUGUACAUGUGACCAAGGCUUUGAGGGCAGAAUUUGCAAUAUCUCAAAUUCGAUGUGUAAAUCUAGCCCUUGUGUUCACGGAACAUGUUUUGAUAACAAGGAUGGUUUUGUGUGCUCUUGUUCCGCUGGAUUCAGGGGAAAAUACUGUAACACAAGUAUCGACUUUUGCUCUUCAAAUCCGUGUAUUCGAGGACACUGUGUGAACGAGGUAACAAACUACACUUGCAACUGUCCUCCGGGAUUUACAGGCAACCUCUGUGAAACAGUUCCAGCAUCUGAUUGUUAUGAUAUUCAGAAAAUGUCUCUUGGUAAAACAAAUGGUAUAUAUGGAAUCCAGUUGUGGAAAUCAAAAGUCUACAAAGAAAUAUACUGCGAUUUUGAGACUGCCGGUGGCGGAUGGUCGGUGGUCCAAAGACGAUUUAAUGGUUCAGUGGACUUCUACCGAAAUCAUGCCAAUUACUCCGUUGGUUUUGGAGAUAUUAACGGCGAAUUUUGGCUAGGGCUUCAUUAUAUAUUUGAAUUAUCAUCACAAAACAUUACGGAAUUGCGAAUAGAUGUAGAUGCGGCAGAUGGUACCAAAGCAUUUGAAGUAUACAGGAACUUUAGUUUAGACGAAGACGAUUAUAGGCUUCACAUUGAUAAAGGAUAUGGCACUGCAGGAGAUGUAAAGGGUUUGUACUACAGUAAUGGCCGGCGUUUCUCGACCUAUGAUCAUGAUGUAGAUGAUUAUAAUGGACCCAACAACGCACAACUGUGUCAUGGAGGAUGGUGGUACUGGUAUAGUCCUUGUACCUUUGUUAAUCUUAACGGCGAUUAUAUUACACCAGGAACAGUCCAUUCGACUGCGGCAGGGGAUGCAGGAAUGAUCUAUAAUUCCUUCAAAGGGAAGCAAUCACUGAAAUCGUCGAGAAUGAUGAUAAGGCGCGUGUAAGCAAUGAAAUGUUUCAUGUUGCAUUGUAUUAAAUAAAGUCUCAAUUUAC